AUGCUAUCUUCAGAGAGCCCUGAGUAUGGACUCUCAUUUCCACAUGAUCCAGCAUACCUUACCCCAAGUUCAUCUCAAAUUGCCACCUGCAACACCCAGAAUCCCACCACUCCUCCAGAUGAGCCACCUCUACUCAAGGGAGGUGCCACAGGGCCUGGUCUAUCCUCACCUGAUGCAACUACAACUAGCUCUAACAGCAGCCUGGAGGAAUUCCUCAUGCUCCUAGUUCUCCAGAACAACAACAACAUUUCCAUCAAUCUUGCCAUUCUUGCUGAUAACAGGCUCUGGAAGGCCAAUAAAGAUUUUUAUGUCCAGACCUAUCCACAAUUAUAUCUUCUUCAUUCAAGCACUGGGACUGAUACACUAUAUUCUAGCAGUGUGGAUAAAGACUUAUCUGGUAAACAGUUGGAGAGUCUCAAGCAAGAAGUAGAGAGAUUAGAAGAACAGAGCAUGAAGCAGUCUCAGAUUACUUUUAUAUUAUCUGCCAGAGAAGAUUUCUUUACUGCUCUUUAUUCUUAUUUUCUAUCUCUAUAA